AUGGCGAACUCGGCCCCGCUUUGUCCUCCCUUUCCCAAAUCUCCACCUUUUCCAUCCCGGCCAUGCCCCCCCUCCCCCUCCCUCCCUGCAGUGCCCUUCAGGCAGGGAGGCCACGCACACAGCUCCCACUCCGGCCAUCCCCAGGCCUGGUUCACUCAGUACGGCGAGCUCGGCCCCGCCCUGUCCUCCCGCUCCUCCACCCUGCCCUUCAGGCAAGGCGGCCACGCACACAGCUCCUACUCCGGCCAUCCCCAAGCGUGGUUCACACAGUACGGCGAGCUCGGCCCCGCCUUGUCCUCCCGCUCCUCCUCCCGUUGCCCUUACACCCCUCUCCUGCCCCUCCGCGUGUCCUCCCACCUCCGUGUCUGUUUUGCAGUGCCCUUCAGGCAGGGAGGCCACGCACACAGCUCCUAUUCCGGCCAUCCCCAAGCCUGGUUCACUCAGUACGGCGAACUAGGCCCCGCAUUGUCCUCCCGCUCCUCCACCCGCUCCUCCCGAGCCUCCCGCUCUUCUCCCCUCUCCUCCUCUUUCUCUUCCUCCUCCUCCCCACUCUCCUCCUCUCUCCCUCCCUCUCUCGAUUCCUCGGGCCCUGAAGCCCCUCAGGAUUAUGCUUAUUACUCGCAAACGUAUAAGUACCUGAACCAGCACUCAGCAGCUCUCCUCUGGUAUCGGGACCGCACCCAGGGCAUGGGGAGGCUGAACCUUAUAGCGGGGAUGGCAGGCCUGUACGUUGUCUGGUCAUACCUCAAGGUCCUCCCGGCACUGCACAGAUUCCGCCUGCUCUCCGCCACCAAUGCUCACUUCUUCAACCUCUCAGUCGUGUGCGCUCUGUUUUUCCCCUCCUUACUCCCCCCCCUCAAAUGGUCCGUUGUAUUAAUUCAGCAGGGGUACAGACAUGCAGUUCUAUCCAUGGUCUGGCCAUACCUCAAGGUCCGCCCGGCGCUGCACAGGUUCCGCCUGCUCUCCGCUGCCAACGCUCGCUUCUUCAACCUCUCGCUUGUUUGCGCCGACCGCAAGGAUUACCCCAACUUGUAUCCUCCUCUCAAGGGAGGCAGAGUCAAGUUCGCCCAGAUCAGCAGUGAUGCAGGCUACCUCGUCCGCCCAUCCUACAUCCGCUCACUCCUACCCGCUCCAGGCGAGCAAAUCUACUUUCUCGUGGAUUUCUCCUCUCUGCCCUCCCUCACUCUUCUCACAUUCACCCUCUUCACCCUUCCCGGAACUCCCUCACUCUUCCUUACAUCCCCCCUUACUUCCCCCAAACAGAUCAGCAGCGACGCAGGGUACCUCGUCCGCCCAUCCUACAUCAGCAGUGAUGCAGGGUACCUCGUCCGCCCAUCCUACGUUCGUUCACUCCUACUCGCACCAGGGGAGCGAAAGGACAUUCUUGUGGAUUUCUCCUCUCUGCCCUCCUUCUGCCGGGACGUGAUUAACCCUCUGCCCCCAAUCAAUCUGUCCCAGGCAGCACAGCACCUGUGGAAGAUGCUUGUAUCGGUUAAAGACGCCCAAGCUGAGAAUCCCCUUCCCCGCAUCAAUCUGUCCCAGGCAGCACAGCACAGGUGGAAGAUGCUGGUUUCGAACCCCCUUCCUCCGAUCAAUCUGUCCCAAGCAGCACAGCACAGGUGGAAGAUGCUUGUAUCGUUUAAAGACGCACAAGCUGACGCCCCUCUUCGUGUACUCAUCGACAAUGCGGGCUUUAAGGAUGCGCCCACUGAAGCGCCCAGAGUGGGGACAUACGAGGUGUGGCAUAUAGUCAACCUCUCCCCCAUCGCCCACCCCAUCCGCAUCCCCCUGGCACUCCACUGCCCCAUCUCCAACUGA